AUGUCAAAUAUGAAUUUAAAUUUUAAAGUUCCAACCUGGGAUUUUAUCAUCACCGAUCCAUCAAUACCAAAGAAUAGUACCCCAAGAAACUCAUCACCUAAGGUUUCUAGUCCAAAGGUUUCUAGUCCAAAAACAUCAAGUCCAAAAACUGCAAGUCCAAAGUUGGCUCAUAUCCCAAGAGCUUCUCAAAUGGAUCAAAUAAGUUUAUCAAAUGAAGGACCUUCAACAGAGAGCGGCAGACAAUCACCAAGUGUAAAAAAGACAAAAUCACUAGUUGUACCAGGUAGUGGCUCCAGUAGUCCAACUUUAAAAUUCUCUUAUUACCAAGUCCCACAAGCUACCAAUAAACCACAAUCACCUAAAAUAAAUGGUAAUAAAAAUUCGCCACAAUCAUCCCCUGUUCUAUCAUCAAAUAGUCCAAAUAUUGUUUCCGAAAACAAUACCAGUUCCAAUAAUAUUAAAUUAGAAUUAGAACAAAGACUCUUAAAAAGACAAUAUCAAAAAAUGAUAGAAAAGCAAAAUUUAGAAAGGGAUAAGGCCAAUGAAAGAGAAAAGCUUGUAAUUCAACAACAACAAAUUGAACAACAAAAAUACCAAAUUGAAAUGCAACAACAACAAAUCUUACAAUUAACACAAAUGCAUCAAAAACAAUUCUUCCAACAAUCACAUUUAUAUAACCAUAACAAUAAUAUUGUAUUUAAUAACAAUAAUAAUAUUAAUAAUAACAAUAACUGCAAUAACGCCUCCAAUAUAAUACUUAACAAUCAAAACAACGGUUUUAUUAAUCACUACAAUAUUAAAAAUACUGCCAAAGUACAAUCCCCUGAACAAUCACCAAGUGUCUCCUCACCAUCUUUACCAUCAUCACCAUCAUCACCAACCCAUUGUGGAUCUAUGGACUCAUCCUCCUCGUCACCAUCAAUGAUUUCAUUACCACCAUUAGGUUAUAAAAAGGCAACAAGUUUCCCAAGCUGUGACCUUUUGUUUAAACCAUCAUCCCCAUCCUUACAAAAUGUUCCAUCUGUUGAAAACUCUGCAAACUUUAUCCAUUUGCCCCCAAUCAGAGAUGAAAUUUUUUAA